UUGGAAAGCCAUUCAGUAUCCUUCCGUGGUUCCUGCCGAGCUGUCAUACGGAGGCGCGCGGUCAUGCGUAACGUUACAACGGUGUACACCCCCGGAGGGCACGAACCGGAACAAGUGAAUCAUAUUCUGGGCAUGUACAAAAAUGCCACAAUUUUAAUAACCGGAGGUACCGGGUUUCUUGGAAAAGUGUUACUGGAGAAGGCUCUCCGUUGUUUGGAGGUGAAGAAAAUCUUCCUUCUUGUGCGCCAAAAGGAUGGACUAAGUGUGGAGCAGAGGCUCGUGAAACUGCUGCAGGAUGCGAUAUUCGACAAAGUCCUCACAAGCUACGGUUCCGUAAGCCAAUUGACCACUAAACUAGAGGCAGUGCAGAUUGAUUUGGCGAACGAUAGACUGGUGCAGUGUGAUUCCGCCACCGAGCGGCGCCUGCUGGAGGAAACGGAAAUCAUCUUCAACGUUCUGGCUUCGGUGAAAUUUAACGAAUCCAUUCGGAAUGCCAUCCGGACGAAUGUGGCCGGCACCCGAAAGCUACUGCAGUUGGCAGUUAGAAUGGAGCGGCUCAGAGCGGUGGUGCACGUGUCCACACUCUACUCCAACUGCCACCGGACCGAAAUCGAGGAGAAAAUUUACGAUGAUAUUCCAAUAAACUACCGUACGCUGCUGGAGCUAACAACCUCACUAAGCGAAGAAGAAAUGAACCACUUUCAGCACUGUUUUCUGGGACCGCUGCCCAACACGUACACAUUUAGCAAAAAAUGUGCCGAGGUGAUGAUUCGUGACGAGUUUUCCCAGUUGCCAAUUGGAAUUUUCCGCCCACCCAUAGUAAUUUCCACUUACCGGGAGCCGCUUUCCGGGUGGACUGACAACCUGAACGGACCGUCCGGUUUGUGCAUGGGUGCAGUAAAAGGUUUUAUACACGUCAUUUGGGGCAACAAAGUGAAAAAGGCGAACCUGGUGCCGGUGGAUUUCUGCGUCAAUGCCAUCAUCGUGGCUGCUUAUGAUAUAAGGCAAAAGCAUUCGAGUUACGGUUCGGUGAAAAGUUUUAAUCCGAAACCAACAGAGCAGCAGCUCACAGCGCCUGGCAACAGUAGUCCGAUUAAAUCGGAUGGAGUUCCUCUUUACAAUUACAUGUAUUCGGAGCACAGCUUGACUUGGGGCAAAUACAUGGAAUUGUCCUCGCUCGGUUUCGGAAGCCGUCUGCAUCAAUUGGUUUGGAGCUACUCUUAUAUGAUCGUAUCGAACCGUCCGCUGUUCCGGAUGUUAUCCUUGUGCCUUCACACACUGCCUGCCGUUGCGUUGGAUGCCUAUAGGAAGCUACGCAGAAAAAAGCCUAUUUAUCGCAGGAUGGUGCAAAAAACGAACCGGGCAUUGGAUAUGAUGGGAUACUUCGGGCUCCGGGAGUGGACGGUCCGUAGUGGUAAUGUACGCCAGAUGCGAAGUUUGCUGUCGAGUGAUGAAAUUCGCUUGCUGGAAUUUGAUAUGGCAGCCAUUGACUGGAAGAAGUAUUUCCUAGCAUACAUUCCAGGAAUUCGGCGCUACUGGUGUGGGCAUCAGAUCCGAAAUGAGCAGGCACCAUCUAACAAAAGAUUCCUCUACAUGCAGCAACUUUUUCAUCGGCUGGUGUGGAUCUGGAUCUGCAUUCGGGUCACACGAGUUUCAUCCGAAUUUUUGCUGAACAAUUUGUUCACAAUACUGGUUGCGUAACAUUUGAUGAUUUCUGUAUGGAACUCCAGCAAGUAAAAAUUUGUUGUUAAUAACUGAUUAAGAAUCGUUUCAUAGUGAGUCUAAUCGAGCGAGAAAAUAUAGCAAU